AUGAGGGCCUCACGUGUGGUGGAGUCCAGCGAUGUCCAAAAAGUGAAGCAUCAAGAUGGCACCAAGACCAUCAAUGGCUUCCGCGUUUUCAGGGAACGCCUGGGUGAAGGUUCAUUCGCCAAAGUCAAGCGAUGUGAAGAGGAAGACACCGGGCGCAUGUUCGCCAUGAAGGUCUUUCGGAAGCUUCCGCUGCGGAAGCAGCGCGAGUUUCUGCGUGCGGAUGGGGGCGAGGGCAUGAAGGUGCGCACCAGCCUUGACAAGGUCUACACUGAGCUGAACUUGAUGAAGGAGAUUUGCCAUCCAAACUGUGUUCGCCUCUAUGCCGUCUUCGAUGAGGAGCACCAAAAUGGCAAGAUCUAUGCUGUCAUGGAGCACGUGGAGGGGGGCCAAGUCAUGGAGUGGUUCGAUGAGGAGUGCCGCUUCCGCGCCACGGACCAUGGGCGCGGCCUGAUUCCGGAGCCCACCAUGCGGGCCUACUUGUCCGAUCUGCUGGUAGCCUUGAGCUACUUGCACAGCUGCCGGAUCGCGCACAGGGAUGUGAAGCCUCAAAAUUUGCUGAUGGGGAGUCCCUUGAAGUUGGGCGAUUUUGGCGUGGCCACACGGAUGGACGAAGAAUACCUGGUGCAUGGCACUGAAGGCACUUACCACUUCUUCUCUCCAGAAAUGUGCGCUCGCGGUUACUGCGGCCACGAUGGACGGCGGGCUGACAUCUGGGCCACAGGCGUGUGUGUCUGGGCCUUCUUGCUUGGCACGCUUCCCUAUUGGCACAAGGACCUGGCUGCGCUGAUGGACUGCAUCGCCUUCGAAACCCUGCAGCUGCCGGAACCAGGCAGUUCUGUGUCGCAAAGCUCAUGCGAUCUACUUGGCAAACUUCUCUGCAAGGAUCCCGAACAGCGGCCCUUGGCGGAGGAACUACUUCUGCAUGAUCCCCUGGAAAGCAAAGGCGGCCAGCUGAAACCGGGAGCCGGGUAG